GUCUUUACUCUUUACUCUUCAUAGAUAAACAACGAUCAUCAGAGUAUCGUAGUUAUUUUUCAAGUCCAUUCCGUUUUAUAAAGGUAAUUUUUUUCUCAAUUCCUUUCUUCAAACUUACCGAAUCUAGAUUCUCAUUCGGGUCAUCAGAAACUGUGGAAUGACGAAAACAACAAAUAUGAAGGAUAUUCUGCCAGCGUUUCCGGAAGAAAAUAUCGAUAUGUUUGCUGCUACUAGCGUUUUGCAGCAACAAGCGGCCGAAAUAAGAAAUCUGAACCCCAAUUGGUCUUCUUAUUUGCAGUCCCAAAUGAUAUCGCAAGAAGUGUUCGAUUUUAUUAGUGCCUAUGACGUGACUGAUGCUAAAGGUCAAUUUUUAAUUAACCACCGUCCACAGUCUGCAAAAGCCUUCUUCAGUCUUUUGGAACAUAUAUCCAAGGAAUCGACAAUUCAAUAUGUACUUGUACUUAUCGAUGAUCUGUUGACCGAAGAUCGUUCACGUGUGGAAAUAUUUCAUGAAUAUGCUCUCAAGAAAAACGAACCAGUGUGUGGCAAUUUUUUGAACUUGUUGAAUGCUGCAGAUGGGUUUAUCAAUAACAUGUCUGCUCGGAUUAUAGCAAAAUUUGCCUGUUACUCAACUGAUCUUAUCAAUCAAACUGAUCUUCAGUUCUACUUGAAUUGGAUUAAAGAACAACUGCUAUCUGCUAACAAUGAGUACAUGCAAUCUGUUGCUCGCUGCUUGCAAAUGUUGCUUCGUCGUGAUGAAUACAGAACUGCAUUUAUUUCAGUUGAUGGUAUAUCUACUCUUUUGAGUAUAUUAUCAGGGCGUGUUAACUUCCAAAUUCAGUACCAACUGAUAUUCUGCGUGUGGGUUAUAACAUUUAAUCCACGCUUUGCUGAACGAAUGAACAAAUUUAAUGUUAUCCCCAUUUUGGCAGAUAUUCUAAGUGAUUCUGUAAAAGAAAAGGUUACGCGAAUUAUUCUUGCUGUAUUCAGGAAUUUAAUCGAGAAACCAGAAGAUAAUACUACUUCCAAAGAUCAUUGUAUUGCAAUGGUCCAGAGUAAAGUUUUGAAACAACUAAGUAUUUUUGAACAAAGAAAAUUUGAUGAUGAAGAUAUUGUUGAAGAUAUACAGUUUUUAAAUGAACGUCUACAAGCAUCUGUGCAAGAUCUUAGUUCCUUUGAUGAGUAUGCAACUGAAGUAAGAUCUGGCCGAUUGGAAUGGAGCCCUGUGCAUAGAUCAGCACAAUUCUGGCGAGAAAAUGCAUCCCGUUUAAAUGAAAAAAAUUAUGAACUUUUGCGUAUUUUAGUGCACUUGUUGGAAACAAGCAGAGACCCACUCUUUUUGAGCGUUGCUAGUUUUGAUGUUGGUGAAUAUGUAAGACAUUAUCCACGGGGAAAACAUAUAAUUGAACAGCUUGGUGGAAAACAGCUUGUUAUGCAAUUGUUAUCACAUGAGGAUGCAAAUGUGCGUUAUGAAGCACUUUUAGCUGUACAAAAACUCAUGGUGCAUAAUUGGGAGUAUCUUGGCCGUCAGUUAGAGAAAGAACAGGGUACCAGUACAGAUAGAACCACUGCUCUUACUGGAAAAGCUUAAAAGUAAUUUAUGCAUAAAAAAUAAACUAAAAAAAAAAUUCAAAUUUAUAAUGUACAGAUGUUAAAGUUUUUAUUUUGUAGAUUCCUCAUUAACACAACAUUAGGUUGAAAAGAUUAAUAUAUAAUAACUUCUUAUUGAAGUUAAUAUACAUUUCUUCUAAUUUUAUCAUCUAUGUAUUAUCAUUGUUUCAAUGCGGUAUUUCGUGAUUUAUUGUUUUUUUUUUCAUAUUUUAAUUAUACCAUUAAAUUAUUGUAGUUGUUAAUCAUAGAUAUAUACCUAAGAAAUGUUAUGAAUUUGAUCAUUCCAAUAUAAUUCAAAAAGUGAAUUUAUCAAACAAUA